CAUGAUCUUUGCCGUCUACUCGCGUCUGAUCAGAAAACCAUCCAAGCUGCUCACUCGCUGCCACUACUAUACUAGCUAUUAUCAUCGACUUUUCGUUCAGCCCCUAGUAUCCAAAUAUUGGAGCGGAUCGGCACAUGCAUAGGUCGUGACUAUUUUCGCACCAAGCCUGCAUAUCGCGUUCAUUAUUAGUGAAAGGAUAAACUCUAUAACUCGCGGGAUGCCAACUUUGCCAAGUAACAAGAAGGGUAACAGUCCUCAUUCGUUGGAAGCUAGGGUGAGAACCACGUUCGCGACUGCUCGGACAGAAAGCGCCAAACUCGUCGAGGAAGUUGAUGCUCAUAUCAAUUCGGUACAGACCACCCUGGCCCGUAUAAAAGAGCAGCACGAAACAAAUCGUUCCGACUUGUCAGCGCGACUCCAGGCCGAUGAAGAGAAGAUUCAUGCGUUGUGUGCAGCGUACUCUUCGUUGCUCGAUGACGUCGCUCACCAGCGCAUACAAAGUGUAGAUACGAUGAAGGCCAUAGCCCAUGCGUCAGACGUGGAAAUGCGUAAAUCACGGAAGAGGCUGAUGGAGAAAGCAAAGACACGCCUCGAUGAUGCACGAGAAAAACACAAGCUCGCCAUGGAUGCUUCCGAGCUCGUAAAACAUUACAAAGCACUUGUCUUUGCGCUGUGAACAUGUUUAUCCAACACUUUUCGCUUACAUUUUCAGUUUAUGUUCCCUCUCUGUAAUUCGCACAUGUUUGUAUCAUCACCUUGUAUCAAUGU